ACACCUAACCCUAACCCAGUCUCUCUCACUGCCACAGCACCGCCUAACCCUAACCCAGUCUCUCUCACUGCCACAGCACACCCUAACCCUAACCCAGUCUCUCUCACUGCCACAGCAACUACCCUAACCCAGUCUCUCUCACUGCCACAGACACAAGCCUAACCUAGUCUCUCUCACUGCCACAGCACACCCUAACCAACCCAGUCUCUCUCACUGCCACAGCACAGCCUAACCCUAACCCAGUCUCUCUCACUGCCACAGCACACCCUAACCCUAACCCAGUCUCUCUCACUGCCACAGCACACCCUAACCCAGUCUCUCUCACUGCCACAGCACACCUAACCUAACCCAGUCUCUCUCACUCCACAGCACACCAACCCUAACCCAGUCUCUCUCACUGCCACAGCACACCCUAACCCUAACCCAGUCUCUCUCACUGCCACAGCACACCCUAACCCUAACCCAGUCUCUCUCACUGCCACAGCACAGCCUAACCCUAACCCAGUCUCUCUCACUGCCACAGCACACCCUACCCUAACCCAGUCUCUCUCACUGCCACAGCAACGCCCUAACCCAGUCUCUCUCACUGCCACAGCACACCCUAAACCCUAACCCAGUCCUCUCUCACUGCCACAGGCACACCCUAACCCAGUCUCUCUCACUGCCACAGCACAGCCUAACCUAGUCUCUCUCACUGCCACAGCACACCCUAACCCUAACCCAGUCUCUCUCACUGCCACAGCACACCCUAACCCAGUCUCUCUCACUGCCACAGCACACCCUAACCCUAACCCAGUCUCUCUCACUGCCACAGCCACCUAACCCUAAACCCUAGUCUCUCUCCACUGCCACAGCACAGCCUAACCCCAGUCUCUCUCACUGCCACAGCACACCCAUAACCCUAACCAGUCUCUCUCACUGCCACAGCACCACCCUAACCCUAACCCAGUCUCUCUCACUGCCACAGCACACACCUAACCCUAACCCAGUCUCUCUCACUGCCACAGCACCACCCUACCCCCGUCUCUCUCACUGCCACAGACACACCCUAACCCAGUCUCAUCUCACUGCACAGCACAACCUAACCCAGUCUCUUCACUGCCACAGCACACCAUAACCCUAACCCAGUAGUCUCUUCCACUGCCACAGCACAGCCUAACCAUAACCCCGUUCUCUCUCACUUGCCACACACCUCACCUAGUCUCUCUCACACUUGCCACAGCACAGCCUAACCCUUAACCCAGUUCUCUCUCACUGCCACAGCACAGCCUAAACCCUAACAGUUCUCUCUCACUGCCACAGGCACAACCUAACCCAACCCAGUCUCUCCACAGCCACAAGCCACACCCUAACCCUAACCCAGGUUCUCUCUCACGCCACAGCACACCCUAACCCUAACCAGUCUCUCUCACUGGCCACCAGCACACCCUAACCCUAACCCAGUCUCUCUCACUGCCACAGCACACCCCUAAACCCUAACCAGUCUCUCUCACUGCCACAGCACACCCUAACCCAGUCUCUCUCACUGCCACAGCACACCCUAACCCAGUCCUCUCACUGCCACAGCACACCCUAACCCUAACCCAGUCUCUCUCACUGCCACAGCACAGCCUAACCCUAACCCAGUCUCUCUCACUGCCCACCUAACCUAGCCUAACCCUAACCCCAGCACAGCCUAACCCUAACCUAGUCUCUCCUCACUGCCAACAGCACAUUCCUAACCCUAACCCAGUCUCUCUCACUGCCACAGCACAGCCUAACCCUAACCCAGUCUCUCUCACUGCCACAGCACACCCUAACCCUAACCCAGUCUCUCUCACUGCCACAGCACACCCUAACCCUAACCCAGUCUCUCUCACUGCCACAGCACACCCUAACCCUAACCCAGUCUCUCUCACUGCCACAGCACGCCCUAACCCAGUCUCUCCUGCCACAGCACACCCUAACCCUACCCAGUUCUCUCUCACUGCCACAGCACCACCCUAAACCCUACCCAGUCUCUCUCACUGCACAGCACCACCCUAACCCAGUCUCUCUCACUGCCACAGCACACCCUAACCCAGUCUCUCUCACUGCCACAGCACAGCCUAACCCUAACCCCAGUCUCUCUCACUGCCACAGCACAGCCUAACCCUAACCCAGUCUCUCUCACUGCCACAGCACACCCUAACCCUAACCCAGUCUCUCUCACUGCCACAGCACAGCCUAACCCAGUCUCUCUCACUGCCACAGCACACCCUAACCCUAACCUAGUCUCCCUCACUGCCACAGCACAGCCUAACCCUAACCCAGUCUCUCUCACUGCCACAGCACAGCCUAACCCUAACCCAGUCUCUCUCACUGCCACAGCACAGCCUAACCCUAACCCAGUCUCUCUCACCUCCACAGCACACCCUAACCCUAACCCAGUCUCUCUCACUGCCACAGCACAGCCUAACCCAGUCUCUCUCACUGCCACAGCACACCCUAACCCUAACCCAGUCUCUCUCACUGCCACAGCACAGCCUAACCCAGUCUCUCUCACUGCCACAGCACACCCUAACCCUAACCCAGUCUCUCUCACUGCCACAGCACAGCCUAACCCAGUCUCUCUCACUGCCACAGCACACCCUAACCCAGUCUCUCUCACUGCCACAGCACACCCUAACCCUAACCCAGUCUCUCUCACUGCCACAGCACACCCUAACCCAGUCUCUCUCACUGCCACAGCACAGCCUAACCCUAACCCAGUCUCUCUCACUGCCACAGCACAGCCUAACCCAGUCUCUCUCACUGCCACAGCACACCCUAACCCAGUCUCUCUCACUGCCACAGCACACCCUAACCCUAACCCAGUCUCUCUCACUGCCACAGCACACCCUAACCCUAACCCAGUCUCUCUCACUGCCACAGCACACCCUAACCCAGACUCUCUCAUUGUCACAGCACACCCUAACCCAGUCUCUCUCACUGCCACAGCACACCCUAACCCUAACCCAGUCUCUCUCACUGCCACAGCACACCCUAACCCAGUCUCUCACUGCCACAGCCUAACCCUAACCUAGUCUCCCUCACUGCCACAGCACAGCCUAACCCUAACCCAGUCUCUCUCACUGCCACAGCACACCCUAACCCAGUCUCUCACUGCCACAGCACAGCCUAACCCUAACCUAGUCUCCCUCACUGCCACAGCACAGCCUAACCCUAACCCAGUCUCUCUCACUGCCACAGCACACCCUAACCCUAACUCAGACUCUCUCAUUGCCACAGCAUGGCAGCCAUGUUGUCUGUUCCCCACCCAUAGUCUCCUCUCCAUUAACAGAAGCUGAAGAACAGAGGCACAUCCAGGUGCUCUCGUCAGGUGCUGGAGUUGUAGAAGUGAUGGAAAACGCUGCACACUGCUGCUCAUGCUCCCAGGUGAUAUUUAUUUAGAACAACGUUUCCACCCUUAGGUCCUGGAUGCCUGAUGAAGAGCUAAGGGUGGAAACAUUGUUUUCCUCUCCAUUAACCCAUGGUCUGUAGUUAGUCCACCAUUAACCCAUGGUCUGUAGUUAGUCCACCAUUAACCCAUGGUCUCUUCUCCAUUAACCCAUGGUCUGUAGUUAGUCCACCAUUAACCCAUGGUCUCUUCUCCAUUAACCCAUGGGCUGUAGUUAGUCCACCAUUAACCCAUGGUCUGUAGUUAGUCCACCAUUAACCCAUGGUCUCUAAUGGUCUGUAGUCCAUUAACAUUAGCACUCCUAUCCAACUGCUCAAGGCGUGUUGUAGUUAGCUGUAUCCUUCCCAAAGCUGUAAUAGUUGUCCAUGUCCUCCAUGUUUGCCGUGGUGAGCUUGGUGAGGUUCUGGGAGCCUCCAUUAUCCAUGUUGUUGUUGGCCCCAGAGGCCCCGAAGUCAAAGUUGUCCUCCUCAUAGUGGCCCUGGUCCUCCAUCUCAGGAAGAGCAUCUGGGAACACAGAGAAAAAGGGCUGUUAUGGAGAGUACAGUGGUAUAACCAACCCUAACCCCAACCCAGAACACCGUGGCAGAACCAACCCUAACACCAACCAAGAACACCGUGGUAGAAGCAACAGGAUCAACACAAUGGUAGAACCAACCCCAACCCAGAACACAAUGGUAGAACCAACCCCAACCCAGAACACAAUGGUAGAACCAACCCUAACCCCAACCCAGAACACAGUGGUAGAACCAACCCUAACCCCAACCCAGAACACAGUGGUAGAACCAACCUAACCCCAACCCAGAACACAGUGGUAGAACCAACCCUAACCCCACAGAACACAGUGGUAGAAACCAACCAACAACACAGUGAGAACCAACCCCAACCCAGAACACAUGGUAGAACCAACCAACCAACAAACACAGUGGUAGAACCAACCCAUAACCAAACACAGAGAACCAACCUAACCAACCCGAACACGUGGUAGAACCAACCUAACCACAACACAUGGUAGAACCAACCCUAACCCAACCAAACACAGUGGUAGAACCAACCCUAACCCCACCCAACACAGUGGUAGAACCAACCAACCCACCGAACACAGUGGUAGAACCAACCCUAACCCAGAACACAGUGGUAGAACCAACCCUAACCCCAACCCAUAACACCAUGGUAGAACCAACAGGAUCACAACACAGUGGUAGAACCAACCAUAACCCCAACCCAGAACACAGUGGUAGAACCAACAGGAUCACAACACAGUGGUAGAACCAACAGGAUCACAACACAGUGGUAGAACCAACAGGAUCACAACACAGUGGUAGAACCAACAGGAUCACAACACAGUGGUAGAACCAACAGGAUCACAACACCGUGGUAGAACCAACAGGAUCACAACACAGUGGUAGAACCAACAGGAUCACAACACAGUGGUAGAACCAACAGGAUCACAACACAGUGGUAGAACCAACAGGAUCACAACACAGUGGUAGAACCAACAGGAUCACAACACAGUGGUAGAACCAACAGGAUCAACACAGUGGUAGAACCACAGGAUCACACACGUGGUAGAACCAACAGGAUCACACACCGUAGAACCACAGGAUCCACGUGGUAAACCAACAGAUCACAACACAGUGGUAAACCACAGAUCACAACAGUGGUAGACAACCAACCUAACCAACACAGUGGUAAACCAACUACUAACAAACACAGUGGUAGAACCAACGAACACCUGGUAGAACCAACCUAACCUAACCAGAACACAGUGGUAGAACCAACCCUACCAGAACACAUGGUAGAACCACCCUAACCAACCAACACAUGGGUAGAACCAACCCUAACCCUAACCCAGAACACAGUGGUAGAACCAACCCUAACCAAACACGUGUAGAACCAACCCUAACCCAGAACACAAUGGUAGAACCAACCCUAACCCUAACCCAGAACACAGUGGUAGAACCAACCCUAACCCAGAACACAAUGGUAGAACCAACCCUAACACCAACCAAGAACACAGUGGUAGAACCAACAGGAUCACAACACAGUGGUAGAACCAACAGGAUCACAACACAGUGGUAGAACCAACAGGAUCACAACACAGUGGUAGAACCAACAGGAUCACAACACAGUGGUAGAACCAACAGGAUCACAACACAGUGGUAGAACCAACAGGAUCACAACACCGUGGUAGAACCAACAGGAUCACAACACAGUGGUAGAACCAACAGGAUCACAACACAGUGGUAGAACCAACAGGAUCAACACCGUGGUAGAACCAACAGGAUCACAACACCGUGGUAGAACCAACAGGAUCACAACACAGUGGUAGAACCAACAGGAUCACAACACAGUGGUAGAACCAACAGGAUCACAACACAGUGGUAGAACCAACAGGAUCAACACCGUGGUAGAACCAACAGGAUCACAACACCGUGGUAGAACCAACAGGAUCAACACAGUGGUAGAACCAACAGGAUCACAACACAGUGGUAGAACCAACAGGAUCAACACCGUGGUAGAACCAACAGGAUCACAACACAGUGGUAGAACCAACAGGAUCACAACACAGUGGUAGAACCAACAGGAUCAACACCGUGGUAGAACCAACAGGAUCACAACACAGUGGUAGAACCAACAGGAUCACAACACAGUGGUAGAACCAACAGGAUCAACACAGUGGUAGAACCAACAGGAUCACAACACCGUAGUAGAACCAACAGGAUCACAACACAGUGGUAGAACCAACAGGAUCACAACACAGUGGUAGAACCAACAGGAUCACAACACAGUGGUAGAACCAACAGGAUCACAACACAGUGGUAGAACCAACAGGAUCACAACACAGUGGUAGAACCAACAGGAUCACAACACCGUGGUAGAACCAACAGGAUCACAACACCGUGGAUUUGGGGACUGUGAAGAGACCCCUGGUGGUAUGUAUGGGUGUCUGAGCUGUAUGUUAUUUGAUUAUGCAGACAAUCUGGAAAUGUCCAUCAGUAAUAUUUCUCAUAAAAACUAGAAGAGAAGCAGUUCAUCUCUCGUCAACCCUCAACCAGGAAAGACUGGCAUGCAUGUUGUUGAUGUUAGUUGUGUAUGUGCAGUACAGGGCAAGGCGUGUUGCUCUGUUUUGAGCCAGCUGCAGCUUUCUAGGUCUUUCUUUGCUGCACUUGACCAUAUUACUGGACAGUCAUCAAGAUGACACAAGGGUAAAGGGUUAGGAUAAAGUUCAGGGUUUGGGAAAAAAGUAAAGCCCUACCUUGUCUGUCAGGUGAGAUGUCCAUGCUGGGUUAGGGUAAAGGGUAAAGGGUUAGGGUAAAGGGUUAGGGUAAAGGGUUAGGGUUAAAGGGUAAACGGUUAGGGUGAAGGGUAAAACCUCACCUUGUCCAUCAGGUGAGAUGUCCAUGCCGUGUUUGACCUUCAUGUGUCGGCUGAGGUUCCCCUUCAGGUUAAACUUAGAGGAGCAGUAAGGACACUUGAAGGGUUUGGAUCCGGCGUGGAGGUGCAUGUGACCCAGCAGAUUGUACAUUCUAUUGAACGACUUCCCGCACACCUGGAAAAGACAAAGCAUGAGUUACAGUAUAUGUUCAUAAUCGGGAUCGUUUGGCUUGACAACAUCGGGACAUGGCUAUUAACUGUAGUCCCUGCUACCAGUCCCUAUUUUAGGCAGUAACCAACCCCCAAGACCUAACUGUAGUCCCUGGCUGCUACCAGUCCCUAUUUGAGGCAGUAACCAAUCUCCAAGACCUAACUGUAGUCCCUGGCUGCUACCAGUCCCUAUUUGAGGCAGUAACCAACCCCCAAGACCUAACUGUAGUCCCUGGCUGCUACCAGUCCCUAUUUGAGGCAGUAACCAAUCUCCAAGAUCUAACUGUAGUCCCUGCUACCAGUCCCUAUUUGAGGCAGUAACCAACCCCCAAGACCUAACUGUAGUCCCUGCUACCAGUCCCUAUUUGAGGCAGUAACCAACCCCCAAGACCUAACUGUAGUCCCUGCUACCAGUCCCUAUUUGAGGCAGUAACCAACCCCCAAGACCUAACUGUAGUCCCUGGCUGCUACCAGUCCCUAUUUGAGGCAGUAACCAAUCUCCAAGUUCUAACUGUAGUCCAUGCUACCAGUCCCUAUUUGAGGCAGUAAUUAACCUCCAAGACCUAACUGUAGUCCCUGGCUGCUACCAGUCCCUAUUUGAGGCGGUAAUUAACCUCCAAGAUCUAACUGUAGUCCUUCACUCCUCUGUGCUGUGCACCACCUUCCCAUUUACACCAGAGAUCUGGAUAUAAUGAUGAGAUGCACCUUCCCAUUUACACCAGAGAUCUGGAUAUAAUGAUGAGAUGCACCUUCCCAUUUAUACCAGAGAUCUGGAUAUAAUGAUGAGAUGCACCUUCCCAUUUACACCAGAGAUCUGGAUAUAAUGAUGAGAUGCACCUUCCCAUUUACACCAGAGAUCUGGAUAUAAUGAUGAGGUGCACCUUCCCAUUUACACCAGAGAUCUGGAUUUAAUGAUGAGAUGCACCUUCCCAUUUACACCAGAGAUCUGUAUAUAAUGAAGAGAUGCAUGUCUCUGGCUGCUACCAGUCCCUAUUUGAGGCAGUAAUUAACCUCCAAGACCUAACUGUAGUCCUUCACUCCUCUGUGCUGUGCACCACCUUCCCAUUUACACCAGAGAUCUGGAUAUAAUGAUGAGAAUCACCUUCCCAUUUACACCAGAGAUCUGGAUAUAAUGAAGAGGUGCACCUUCCCAUUUACACCAGAGAUCUGGAUAUAAUGAUGAGAUGCACCUUCCCAUUUACACCAGAGAUCUAGAUAUAAUGAUGAGGUGCACCUUCCCAUUUACACCAGAGAUCUGGAUAUAAUGAUGAGGUGCACCUUCCCAUUUACACCAGAGAUCUGGAUAUAAUGAUGAGGUGCAACUUCCCAUUUACACCAGAGAUCUGGAUAUAAUGAUGAGAUGCACCUUCCCAUUUACACCAGAGAUCUGGAUAUAAUGAUGAGGUGCACCUUCCCAUUUACACCAGAGAUCUGGAUAUAAUGAUGAGAUCCACCUUCCCAUUUACACCAGAGAUCUGGAUAUAAUGAUGAGGUGCACCUUCCCAUUUACACCAGAGAUCUGGAUAUAAUGAUGAGGUGCAACUUCCCAUUUACACCAGAGAUCUGGAUAUAAUGAUGAGGUGCACCUUCCCAUUUACACCAGAGAUCUGGAUUUAAUGAUGAGAUGCACCUUCCCAUUUACACCAGAGAUCUGGAUAUAAUGAUGAGGUGCACCUUCCCAUUUACACCAGAGAUCUGGAUAUAAUGAUGAGAUGCACCUUCCCAUUUAUACCAGAGAUCUGGAUAUAAUGAUGAGAUGCACCUUCCCAUUUACACCAGAGAUCUGGAUAUAAUGAUGAGAUGCACCUUCCCAUUUACACCAGAGAUCUGGAUAUAAUGAUGAGGUGCACCUUCCCAUUUACACCAGAGAUCUGGAUUUAAUGAUGAGAUGCACCUUCCCAUUUACACCAGAGAUCUGUAUAUAAUGAAGAGAUGCAUGUCUCUGCUCUAACAAUGGGAAUCGUUGUCCCAAAGGCGGGAAGGCAGGUGACGAGCGUAGAAACACAUUGGCCUUAUUUUGGACUGAUUUGAGCGAGACUGAAACCUCUUGCUUCGCCUCUUCCUCUAUGGUUUCCACACAAACACACCAAGCCCCUCCCCCUGCCUCUCACAACAACAAACUUGAGAGAUCCCAUUUUCCUCUCUGACAAGUUGUUUCAAGUCGCUAUUUGCAUUUGAGGUUUGGUCCAACGGAAUCGGUCAUAUGGACACCAAAACACAUUAAGACAUUAUUUUACUGUAAUAGAGGAGAAGUUAACUUUUCUAACGAUACCCUUUUUAUGUCUCAACUCCUCAAAUUGAGCUCAGAGCAGACACAUUAUUAUUAUUAUAUUACACUACUAAAACGAGAGUAUCAAUGAACAUUGAUUCUGGAAGAUGAAUGCUCAGUUUGUCGCGCGCUGCAUUGUGGUAUCGCAAGCAGCAUUUUAGCCAAAGACCGUUAUACUAGAUGUCUAGUCUGUGUUUUAUAAAUGUGCAAUAAGCAUAACACACAAUUAUAUAAGGAAUUGACAACUCGUUCUCAUUCUGAGAAAUAAGGUAGGCCACUUGAUUUCAACAUCUCAACAAAGUGGACAGGCUAACAUGCUGUUCAAACAGUUGGAGAAGGACAGAAUGGUGUGUUCAUAACAACUCAACCUUGUCAGCUAGCAAAUAGAUCCAAGUCAACCUUGUUAGCUAGCAAAUAGAUCCAAGUCAACCUUGUUAGCUAGCAAAUAGAUCCAAGUCAACCUUGUUAGCUAGCAAAUAGAUCCAAGUCAACCUUGUUAGCUAGCAAAUAGAUCCAAGUCAACCUUGUUAGCUAGCAAAUAGAUCCAAGUCAACCUUGUUAGCUAGCAAAUAGAUCCAAGUCAACCUUGUUAGCUAGCAAAUAGAUCCAAGUCAACCUUGUUAUCUAGCAAAUAGAUCCAAGUUGGUUCAACUUGAAAUAUAAAGAUAACCUGGCUAAUCACUAGCACGUGGGCUUGAGAGAUGGUUGAUGAGGCCUGUGUUCAUUUUCUACAGCCUAAUGCUAAUCUAUAGCCUAAUGCCUGGUUGCAUGGUUCUAGUUACAUUUGUAAUAAAAAAUAGCUUUUUCAUAGACAGACUGGAGAGCCAGAUCAGUGAUUAUUGAAACAACAAAAAAAGCAGGUGAAACUAUUUUGAUAAAAUAUUUAAAUGAUUAGUGUGUCUUAUUGGUUGUGGAAGGCUUAUAUUCUGCCUGGGUAUAACUUCACAAGCCCUGAAUUCAUUGGCUUAUUGCUGACUGUUUGAAAUGCAGUGUAUUUUAUAUUUAAUUGUACAACAACGCUUAUUUAGAGAAUAAAAAAUAAAUAAAAAAAUCCGAUAUACUGUAUAUCAUGAAUCGCCCAUAAGUUUAAAAUAAAUUGAGAUAUCUUUUAGACCAUAUCGCCCAGCCCUACCAUAACACAUACGGUUUUAUCGCCCAGCCCUACCAUAACACAUCCGGUUUUAUCGCCCAGCCCUACCAUAACACAUACGGUUUUAUCGCCCAGCCCUACCAUAACACAUACGGUUUUAUCGCCCAGCCCUACCAUAACACAUCCGGUUUUAUAGCCCAGCCCUACCAUAACACAUCCGGUUUUAUCGGCCAGCCCUACCAUAACACAUCCGGUUUUAUCGGCCAGCCCUACCAUAACACAUCCGGUUUUAUCGCCCAGCCCUACCAUAACACAUCCGGUUUUAUCUCCCAGCCCUACCAUAACACAUCCGGUUUUAGCGCCCAGCCACCUACCAUAACCACAUCCGGUUUUAUCGCCCAGGCCCUACCAUUAACACAUACGGGUUUAUCGCCCAGCCCUACCAUAACACAUACGGUUUUAUAGCCCAGCCCUACCAUAACACAUACGGUUUUUAAUCGCCCAGCCCUACCAUAAACACAUCCGGUUUAUCGCCCAGCCCUACCAUAACACAUCCGGUUUUAUCGCCAGCCCUUACCAUAACCACAUCCGGUUUUAUCGCCCAGCCCCUACCAUAACACACAACGGUUUUAUCGCCCAGCCCUACCAUAACACAUACGGUUUUAUCGCCCAGCCCUACCAUAACACAUACGGUUUUAUCGCCCAGCCCUACCAUAACACAUCCGGUUUUAUCGCCCAGCCCUACCAUAACACAUCCGGUUUUAUCGCCAGCCCUACCAUAACACAUCCGGUUUUAUCGCCCAGCCCUACCAUAACACAUCCGGUUUUAUCGCCCAGCCCUACCAUAACACAUACGGUUUUAUCGCCCAGCCCUACCAUAACACAUACGGUUUUAUAGCCCAGCCCUACCAUAACACAUACGGUUUUAUCUCCCAGCCCUACCAUAACACAUACGGUUUUAUCGCCCAGCCCUACCAUAACACAUACGGUUUUAUCGCCCAGCCCUACCAUAACACAUACGGUUUUAUCGCCCAGCCCUACCAUAACACAUACGGUUUUAUCGCCCAGCCCUACCAUAACACAUACGGUUUUAUCGCCCAGCCCUACCAUAACACAUACGGUUUUAUCGCCCAGCCCUACCAUAACACAUACAGUUUUAUCGCCCAGCCCUACCAUAACACAUACGGUUUUAUAGCCCAGCCCUACCAUAACACAUACGGUUUUAUCGCCCAGCCCUACCAUAACACAUCCGGUUUUAUCGCCCAGCCCUACCAUAACACAUCCGGUUUUAUCUCCCAGCCCUACCAUAACACAUCCGGUUUUAUCUCCCAGCCCUACCAUAACACAUCCGGUUUUAUCUCCCAGCCCUACCAUAACACAUACGGUUUUAUCGCCCAGCCCUACCAUAACACAUACGGUUUUAUCGCCCAGCCCUACCAUAACACAUACGGUUUUAUCGCCCAGCCCUACCAUAACACAUACGGUUUUAUCGCCCAGCCCUACCAUAACACAUACGGUUUUAUCGCCCAGCCCUACCAUAACACAUACGGUUUUAUCGCCCAGCCCUACCAUAACACAUACGGUUUUAUCUCCCAGCCCUACCAUAACACAUCCGGUUUUAUCGCCCAGCCCUACCAUAACACAUCCGGUUUUAUCGCCCAGCCCUACCAUAACACAUCCGGUUUUAUCGCCCAGCCCUACCAUAACACAUCCGGUUUUAUCGCCCAGCCCUACCAUAACACAUCCGGUUUUAUCGCCCAGCCCUACCAUAACACAUCCGGUUUUAUCGCCCAGCCCUACCAUAACACAUACGGUUUUAUCGCCCAGCCCUACCAUAACACAUACAGUGUUUUCCAGCAGCAGAUUAUGAUGGAUAAUGUCAAAAGCUGCACUGAAGUCUAACAAAACAGCUCCCAAUAUUUGUAUGAUCCAUUUUUCUCAGCCAAAUCACUCAUUAGUGUGAGUUCCAUGCAUGUUGAAUGCCCUUCCCUAUUAGCGGGCUGAACAUCUGGAGUUCAUUUGUUUACUGUGAAAUAACAUUGUAUCUGGUCAAACAAAGUUUUCCGAUAGUUUACUAAAGGUUGGGAACAGACUGAUUGGUCGGCUAUUUGAGCCAGUAAAGGGGGCUUUACUAUUCUUAGGUAGCAGAAUGACUUUUGCUUCCCUCCAGGCCUGAGGGCAAACACUUUCUAGUAGGCUUAAAUUGAAGAGAUGGGAAAUAGGAGUGGCUAUAUCGUCCGCUAUUAUCCUCAGUAAUUUUCCAUCCAAGUUGUCAGACCCCGGUGGCUUGUCAUUGUUGAUAGACAACAAUAAUUUUUUCACCUCUUCCACACUCACUUUACGGAAUUAAAAAUUACAAUGCUUGUCUUUCAUAAUUUGGUCAGUUAUUCAUGGUUGUGUAUGUUCAGAAUUUGUUGUUGGCAUGUCAUGCCUAAGUUUGCUAAUCUUGACAAUUAAUAAAUCAUUAAAGUAGUUGGCAAUAUCAGUGGGUUUUGUGAUGAAUGAGCCAUCUGAUUAAAUGAAUGAUGGAGCAGAGUUCGCUUUUCUGCCCAAAAUGUAAUUGAAGGUGCUCCAAAGCUUUUAUUAUCAUUCUUUAUGUCAUUUAUCUUGUUUCAUAGUGAAGUUCUUCUUCUUUUUCAGUUUAGUCACAUGAUUUCUCCAUUUGCAGCACGUUUGACCAUCGGCUGUGUAGCCAGACUUAUCUGCCAUUCCUUUAACCAACCUCCAAGACCUAACUGUAGUCCCUGGCUGCUAAGUCCCUAUUUGAGGCAGUAACCAACCUCCAAGACCUAACUGUAGUCCCUGGCUGCUACCAGUCCCUAUUUGAGGCAUUAAUCAACCUCCAAGACCUAACUGUAGUCCCUGGCUGCUAAGUCCCUAUUUGAGGCAGUAAUCAACCUCCAAGACCUAACUGUAGUCCCUGGCUGCUACCAGUCCCUAUUUGAGGCAGUAAUCAACCUCCAAGACCUAACUGUAGUCCCUGGCUGCUAAGUCCUUAUUUGAGGCAGUAACCAACCUCCAAGACCUAACUGUAGUCCCUGGCUGCUACCAGUCCCUAUUUGAGGCAGUAACCAACCUCCAAGACCUAACUGUAGUCCCUGGCUGCUACCAGUCCCUAUUUGAGGCAGUAACCAACCUCCAAGACCUAACUGUAGUCCCUGGCUGCUACCAGUCCCUAUUUGAGGCAGUAACCAACCUCCAAGACCUAACUGUAGUCCCUGGCUGCUACCAGUCCCUAUUUGAGGCAGUAAUCAACCUCCAAGACCUAACUGUAGUCCCUGGCUGCUAAGUCCCUAUUUGAGGCAGUAAUCAACCUCCAAGACCUAACUGUAGUCCCUGGCUGCUACCAGUCCUUAUUUGAGGCAGUAAUCAACAUCCAAGACCUAACUGUAGUCCCUGGCUGCUACCAGUCCCUAUUUGAGGCAGUAAUCAACCUCCAAGACCUAACUGUAGUCCCUGGCUGCUACCAGUCCCUAUUUGAGGCAGUAAUCAACCUCCAAGACCUAACUGUAGUCCCUGGCUGCUACCAGUCCCUAUUUGAGGCAGUAACCAACCUCCAAGACCUAACUGUAGUCCCUGGCUGCUACCAGUCCCUAUUUGAGGCAGUAAUCAACCUCCAAGACCUAACUGUAGUCCCUGGCUGCUACCAGUCCCUAUUUGAGGCAGUAACCAACCUCCAAGACCUAACUGUAGUCCCUGGCUGCUAAGUCCCUAUUUGAGGCAGUAAUCAACCUCCAAGACCUAACUGUAGUCCCUGGCUGCUACCAGUCCCUAUUUGAGGCAGUAAUCAACCUCCAAGACCUAACUGUAGUCCCUGGCUGCUACCAGUCCCUAUUUGAGGCAGUAAUCAACCUCCAAGACCUAACUGUAGUCCCUGGCUGCUACCAGUCCCUAUUUGAGGCAGUAAUCAACCUUCAAGACCUAACUGUAGUCCCUGGCUGCUAAGUCCCUAUUUGAGGCAGUAAUUAACCUCCAAGACCUAACUGUAGUCCCUGGCUGCUAAGUCCCUAUUUGAGGCAGUAACCAACCUCCAAGACCUAACUGUAGUCCCUGGCUGCUACCAGUCCCUAUUUGAGGCAGUAACCAACCUCCAAGACCUAACUGUAGUCCCUGGCUGCUAAGUCCCUAUUUGAGGCAGUAAUCAACCUCCAAUACCUAACUGUAGUCCCUGGCUGCUACCAGUCCCUAUUUGAGGCAGUAACCAACCUCCAAGACCUAACUGUAGUCCCUGGCUGCUACCAGUCCCUAUUUGAGGCAGUAAUCAACCUCCAAGACCUAACUGUAGUCCCUGGCUGCUAAGUCCCUAUUUGAGGCAGUAACCAACCUCCAAGACCUAACUGUAGUCCCUGGCUGCUACCAGUCCCUAUUUGAGGCAGUAACCAACCUCCAAGACCUAACUGUAGUCCCUGGCUGCUACCAGUCCCUAUUUGAGGCAGUAAUCAACCUCCAAGACCUAACUGUAGUCCCUGGCUGCUAAGUCCCUAUUUGAGGCAGUAACCAACCUCCAAGACCUAACUGUAGUCCCUGGCUGCUAAGUCCCUAUUUGAGGCAGUAACCACCUCCAAGACCUAACUGUAGUCCCUGGCUGCUACCAGUCCCUAUUUGAGGCAGUAAUCAACAUCCAAGACCUAACUGUAGUCCCUGGCUGCUACCAGUCCCUAUUUGAGGCAGUAAUCAACCUCCAAGACCUAACUGUAGUCCCUGGCUGCUAAGUCCCUAUUUGAGGCAGUAACCAACCUCCAAGACCUAACUGUAAUCCCUGGCUGCUACCAGUCCCUAUUUGAGGCAGUAACCAACCUCCAAGACCUAACUGUAGUCCCUGGCUGCUACCAGUCCCUAUUUGAGGCAGUAACCAACCUCCAAGACCUAACUGUAGUCCCUGGCUGCUACCAGUCCAUAUUUGAGGCAGUAAUCAACCUCCAAGACCUAACUGUAGUCCCUGGCUGCUACCAGUCCCUAUUUGAGGCAGUAAUCAACCUCCAAGACCUAACUGUAGUCCCUGGCUGCUAAGUCCCUAUUUGAGGCAGUAACCAACCUCCAAGACCUAACUGUAGUCCCUGGCUGCUACCAGUCCCUAUUUGAGGCAGUAACCAACCUCCAAGACCUAACUGUAGUCCCUGGCUGCUACCAGUCCCUAUUUGAGGCAGUAACCAACCUCCAAGACCUAACUGUAGUCCCUGGCUGCUACCAGUCCCUAUUUGAGGCAGUAACCAACCUCCAAGACCUAACUGUAGUCCCUGGCUGCUACCAGUCCCUAUUUGAGGCAGUAACCAACCUCCAAGACCUAACUGUAGUCCCUGGCUGCUACCAGUCCCUAUUUGAGGCAUUAAUCAACCUCCAAGACCUAACUGUAGUCCCUGGCUGCUACCAGUCCCUAUUUGAGGCAGUAACCAACCUCCAAGACCUAACUGUAGUCCCUGGCUGCUACCAGUCCCUAUUUGAGGCAGUAAUCAACCUCCAAGACCUAACUGUAGUCCCUGGCUGCUACCAGUCCCCAUUUGAGGCAGUAAUCAACCUCCAAGACCUAACUGUAGUCCCUGGCUGCUACCAGUCCCUAUUUGAGGCAGUAAUCAACCUCCAAGACCUAACUGUAGUCCCUGGCUGCUACCAGUCCCUAUUUGAGGCAGUAACCAACCUCCAAGACCUAACUGUAGUCCCUGGCUGCUACCAGUCCCUAUUUGAGGCAGUAACCAACCUCCAAGACCUAACUGUAGUCCCUGGCUGCUACCAGUCCCUAUUUGAGGCAGUAUCCAACCUCCAAGACCUAACUGUAGUCCCUGGCUGCUAAGUCCCUAUUUGAGGCAGUAACCAACCUCCAAGACCUAACUGUAGUCCCUGGCUGCUACCAGUCCCUAUUUGAGGCAGUAACCAACCUCCAAGACCUAACUGUAGUCCCUGGCUGCUACCAGUCCCUAUUUGAGGCAUUAAUCAACCUCCAAGACCUAACUGUAGUCCCUGGCUGCUAAGUCCCUAUUUGAGGCAGUAACCAACCUCCAAGACCUAACUGUAAUCCCUGGCUGCUACCAGUCCCUAUUUGAGGCAGUAACCAACCUCCAAGACCUAACUGUAGUCCCUGGCUGCUAAGUCCCUAUUUGAGGCAGUAACCAACCUCCAAGACCUAACUGUAGUCCCUGGCUACCAGGUAGUGAUGCAACCAGUCAGGAUGCUCUCGAUGGUGCAGCUGUAUAACCUUUUGAGGAUCUGAGGACCCAUGCCAAAUCUUUUCAGUCUCCUGAGGGGGAAUAGGCUUUGUCGUGCCCUCUUCACGACCGUCUUGGUGUGUUUGGACCAUGAUAGUUUGUUGGUGAUGUGGACACCAAGGAACUUGAAGCUCUCAACCUGUUCCACUACAGCCCCGUCGAUGAGAAUGGGGGCGUGCUCAGUCCUCUUUUUUUCCCCUGUAGUCCACAAUCAUCUCCUUUGUCAUGGUCACAUUGAGGGAGAGGUUGUUAUCCUGGCACCACACGGCCAGGUCUCUGACCUCCUCCCUAUAGGCUGUCUCAUCGUUGUCAGUGAUCAGGCCUACCACUGUUGUGUCGUCGGAAAACUUAAUGAUGGUGUUAGAGUCGUGCCUGGCCAUGCAGUCAUGGGUGAACAGGGAGUACAGGAGGGGACUGAGCACACACCCCUGAGGGGACCCUGUGUUGAGGAUCAGCGUGGCAGAUGUGUUGUUACCUACCCUUACCACCUGGGGGCGGCCCGUCACGAAGUCCAGGAUCCAGUUGCAGAGGGAGGUGUUUAGUCCCAGGAUCCUUAGCUUAGUGAUGAGCUUUGAGGGCACUAUGGUGUUGAAUGCUGAGCUGUAGUCAAUGAAUAGCAUUCUCACGUAGGUGUUCCUCUUGUCCAGGUGGGAAAGGGCAGUGUGGAGCGCAAUAGAGAUUGCAUCAUCUGUGGAUCUGUUGGGGCGGUAUGCAAAUUGGAGUGGGGUCUAGGGUUUCUGGGAUAAUGGUGUUGAUGUGAGCCAUGACCAGCCUUUCAAAGCACUUCAUGGCUAAAUACAGUGCUACGGUUCGGUUGUCAUUUAGGCAAGUUAUCUUAGUGUCCUUGGGCACAGGGACUAUGGUGGUCUGCUUGAAACAUGUUGGUAUUACAGACUCAGUCAGGGACAUGUUGAAAAUGUCAGUGAAGACACUUGCCAGUUGGUCAGUGCAUGCUCUGAGUACACGUCCUGGUAAUCCGUCUGGCCCCGCGGCCUUGUGAAUGUUGACCUGUUUAAACGUCUUGCUCACAUCGGCUAUGGAGAGCGUGAUCACACAGUCGUCCGGAACAGCUGGUGCUCUCAUGCAUUCUUCAGUGUUGCUUGCCUCGAAGGGAGCAUAGAAGUGAUUUAGCUCGUCUGGUAGGCUCGUGUCACUGGGCAGCUCGCGGCUGUGCUUCCCUUUGUAGUCUGUAAUAGUUUGCAAGCCCUGCCACAUCCGACGAGCGUCAGAGCUGGUGUAGUACGAUUCAAUCUUAGUCCUGUGUUGAUGCUUUGCCUGUUUGAUUGUUCGUCGGAGGGCAUUGCCGGAUUUCUUAUAAGUGUCCAGGUUAGAGUCCAGCUCCUUGAAAGCGGCAGCUCUACCCUUUAGCUCAGUGUGGAUGUUGCCUGUAAUCCAUGGCUUCUGGUUGGGGUAUGUACAUACGGUCACUGUGGGGACGAUGUCAUCGAUGCACUUAUUGAUGAAGCCAGUAACUGAUGUGGUGUACUCCUCAAUGCUAUGUGAAGAAUCCCGGAACAUGUUCCAGUCUGUGCUAGCAAAACAGUCCUGUAGCUUAGCAUCUGCAUCAUCUGACCACUUUUUUAUUAACCGAGUAACUGGUGCUUCCUGCUUUAGUUUUUGCUUAUAAGCAGGAAUCAGGAAGAUAGAGUUAUGGUCAGAUUUGCCAAAUAGAGGGCGAGGGAGAGCUUUGUAUGCGUCUCUGUGUGUGGAGUAAAGGUGGUCUAGAGUUUUUUUUCCCUCUGGUUGCACAUUUAACAUGCUGGUAGAAAUUAGGCAGAACGGAUUUAAGUUUCCCUGCAUUAAAGUCCCCGGCCACUAGGAGCGCUGCCUCUGGAUGAGCGUUUUCCUGUUUACUUAUGGCCUUAUACAGCUUAUUGAGUGCAAUCUUAAUGCCAGCAUUGGUUUGUGGUGGUAAAUAGACAGCUAUGAAAAAUAUAGAUGAAAACUCUCUUGGUAAAUAGUGUGGUCUACAGCUUAUCAUAAGAUACUCUACCUCAAGCGAGCAAAACCUAGAGACUUCCUUAGUAUUUGAUUUUGUGCACCAGCUGUUGUUUACAAAUAUACACAGACCGCCAACCCUUGUCUUAUCGGAGUCAGCCGUUCUAUCCCCGCCCGAUGGAGCGUAUAUCCUGUCAGCUGUAUGUUGUCCACGCCGUCGUUCAGCUCCGUAUUUGAGGCAGUAACCAACCUCCAAGACCUAACUGUAGUCCCUGGUUGCUAAGUCCGUAUUUGAGGCAGUAUCCAACCUCCAAGACCUAACUGUAGUCCCUGGCUGCUAAGUCCCUAUUUGAGGUAGUAACCAACCUCCAAGACCUAACUGUAGUCCCUGGUUGCUAAGUCCGUAUUUGAGGCAGUAUCCAACCUCCAAGACCUAACUGUAGUCCCUGGCUGCUACCAGUCCCUAUUUGAGGUAGUAACCAACCUCCAAGACCUAACUGUAGUCCCUGGCUGCUAAGUCCUUAUUUGAGGCAGUAUCCAACCUCCAAGACCUAACUGUAGUCCCUGGCUGCUAAGUCCCUAUUUGAGGUAGUAACCAACCUCCAAGACCUAACUGUAGUCCCUGGCUGCUAAGUCCUUAUUUGAGGCAGUAUCCAACCUCCAAGACCUAACUGUAGUCCCUGGCUGCUACCAGUCCCUAUUUGAGGCAGUAACCAACCUCCAAGACCUAACUGUAGUCCCUGGAUGCUACCAGUCCCUAUUUGAGGCAGUAACCAACCUCCAAGACCUAACUGUAGUCCCUGGCUGCUAAGUCCCUAUUUGAGGCAGUAACCAACCUCCAAGACCUAACUGUAGUCCCUGAUUGCUAAGUCCGUAUUUGAGGCAGUAUCCAACCUCCAAGACCUAACUGUAGUCCCUGGCUGCUAAGUCCUUAUUUGAGGCAGUAAUCAACCUCCAAGACCUAACUGUAGUCCCUGGCUGCUAAGUCCCUAUUUGAGGCAGUAACCAACCUCCAAGACCAAAGACUAGGGGGCGGUUAUUCCAGAAUUCAAAUAACGGUGUCCGAAACCCACCCCUCUAGACAAACGCCAAUGUUAUGUCCACUGGAUGGAAUCAGACAAACGCCAAUGUUAUGUCCACUGGAUGGAAUCAGACAAACGCCAAUGUUAUGUCCACUGGAUGGAAUCAGACAAACGCCAAUGUUAUGUCCACUGGAUGGAAUCAGAAAUUGAGGAACCUUUAAUGCAGAUGUUUGUAAAGGUCAUCCAUUCAUCCUUUCCUCACCUUGCGUUUGAAGGUUUGACAGGCAGGCCAUAUAUAAUAUAAAUAUAAUAUAUAAACUCACCAGGUAAUAUAUAUAUAUAAUAUGAAUAUAUAAACUCACCAGGUCAUAUAUAAGCUCACCAGGUCAUACAGUGCAUUCGGAAAGUAUUCCCCUUGACUUUUUCCAGAUUUUGUUUAAAUUACAGCCUUAAUCUAAAAUUGAUUAAAUAAAAAAUGUUCCUCAUCAAUCUACACACAAUACCCCAUGGCGGCAGGUAGCUUAGUGGUUAAGAGCGUUGUGCCAGUAACCGAAAGGUCGCUGGUUCUAAUCCCCAAGCCGACUAGGUGAAAAAUCUGUCGAUGUGCCCUUGAGCAAGGCACUUAACCCUAAUUGCUCCUGUAAGUCGCUCUGGAUAGGAGCGUCUGCUAAAUGACUAAAAUGUAAAUGUAAUGACAAAGUGAAAACAGGUUUUUAGAAAUAUCUUAUUUACAUAAGUAUUCAGAUCCUUUGCUAUGAGACUCGAAAUUGAGCUCAGGUGCAUCCUGUUUCCAUUGAUUAUCCUUGAGAUGUUUCUACAACUUGAUUGGAGUCCACCUGUGGUAAAUUCAAUUGAUUGGACAUGAUUUGGAAAUGCACACACCUCUAUAUAAGGUCCUACAGUUGACAGUGCAUGUCAGAGCAAAAACAAAGCCAUGAGGUCGAAAUAAUUGUCCGUAGAGCUCUGAGACAGGAUUGUAUCGAGGCACAGAUCUGGGGAAGAGUACCAAAACAUGUCUGCAGCAUUGAAGGUCCCCAAGAACACAGUGGCCUCCAUCAUUCUUAAAUGGAAGAAGUUUGGAACCACCAAGAUUCUUCCUAGAGCUGGCCGCCCGGCCAAACGGGGGAGAAGGGCCUUGGUCAGGGAGGUGACCAAGAGCCCGAUGGUCACUCUGCAAGAGCUCCAGAGUUCCUCUGUGGAGAUGGGAGAACCUUCCAGAAGGACAACCAUCUCUGCAGCACUCCACCAAUCAGGCCUUUAUGGUAGAAUGGCCAGACGGAAGCCUCUCCUCAGUAAAAGGCAAAUGACAGCCCACUUGGAGUUUGCCAAAAGGCACCUAAAGGACUCUCAGACCAUGAGAAACAAGAUUCUCUGGUCUGAUGAAACCAAGAUUGAACUCUUUGGCCUGAAUGCCAAGCGUCACGUCUGGAGGAAACCUGGCACCAUCCCUACGGUGAAGCAUGGUGGUGGCAGCAUCAUGCUGUGGGGAUGAUUUUCAGCGGCAGGGACUGGGAGACUAGUCAGGAUCGAGGGAAAGAUGAACAGAGCAAAGUACAGAGAGAUCCUUGGUGAAAACCUGCUCCAGGGCGCUCAGGACUGGGGCGAAGGUUCACCUUCCAACAGGAAAACGACCCUAAGCACACAGCCAAGACAAGGCAGGAGUGGCUUCGGGACAAGUCUCUGAAUGUCCUUGAGUGGCCCAGCCAGAGUCCAGACUUCAACCCGAUCGAACAUCUCUGGAGAGACUUGAAAAUCGCUGUGCAGCAACGCUCCCCAUCCAACUUGACAGAGCUUGAGAGGAUCUGCAGAGAAGAAUGUGAGAAACUCCCCAAAUACUGUUGUGCCAAGCUUGUAGCCUUACUGAAGAGCUCUGACUUUCAACGUGGUACCGUCAUAGGAUGCCACCUUUCCAACAAGUCAGUUCGUGAAGGAGCAACAACGGCUAAGAUCACCAUGCCCAAUGCCAAGCGUCGGCUGGAGUGGUGUAAAGCUCGCUGCCAUUGGACUCUGGAGCAGUGGAAAUGCGUUCUUCGGAGUGAUGAAUCACACUUUGACCAUCUGUCAGUCCGACAGACGAAUCAGGGUUUAGUGGAUGCCAGGAGAACGCUACCUGCCUGAAUGCAUAGUGCCAACUGUAACGUUUGGUGGAGGAGGAAUGUUUGGGGCUGUUUUUCAUGGUUCAGGUUAGGCCCCUUAGUUCCAGUGAAGGGAAAUCUUAACGCUACAGCAUACAACGACAUUCUAGACGAUUCUGUGCUUCCAACUUUGUGGCAACAGUUCGGGGGAAGGCCCUUUCCUGUUUCAGCAUGACAAUGCCCCCGUGCACAAAGCGAGGUCUAUACAGAAAUGGUUUGUUGAGAUCGGUGUGGAAGAACUUGACUGGCCUACACAGAGCCCUGACCUCAACCCCAUCGAAACACCUUUGGGAUGAAUUGGAACGCUGACUGCGAGCCAGGCCUAAUCGCCCAACAUCAGUGCCCGACCUCACUAAUGCUCUUGUGGCUGAAUGGAAGCAAGUCCCCUCAGCAUUGUUCCAACAUCUAGUGGAAAGCCUUCCCAGAAGAGUGGAGGCUGUUAUAGCAGCAAAGGGGGGACCAACUCCAUAUUAAUGUUCAUGAUUUUGGAAUGAGAUGUUUGACGAGCAGGUGUUCACAUACUGUUGGUCAUGUAGUGUAAAUCAAACAUGAAAUGUGAUACUGUAACUAGGCCUAUAGUGUCCUUAACUAGCAUUGAAAAAGUACAUCCAUUAUUCUCUAGCUAAUUAAAAAGGUCUCCCUAUCUUCUGAAUAAAGCUUGUAAUGUCAGUAGAGGAGCCUCUGCUUCGGAGGGGGGAGGGGCUGGUAGCCUAAACACACACAGGCAAAGAUCUUCAGCUUGCAGGCAGACAGAAUACGUUUCUGAGUGACAGAGAGGGCUUUACAUAGGCUCUUUGUUCCGUUUUGUUGUGGGACUAGAAAGAAAUACCUGGAAUGUAAAAUUGCGUUAUUAACCGGUUCUCAUGCUUUUAAAAUAACAGUUCUGUUUCGGAACCGUAUGGAUCACUUUCCUUCCAGGUUCCGUUUCUGUUGUUGAAAAAUGCCGUUAUUUUCCGGUUUUCGGUUCUGUUCCCUGAACUUGUUCCAACCCUGGAUAUAAACUCACCUUGCAUUUGAAGGGUUUGACGGGCAGGUGGACGAUCAUGUGCGUUUUGAGCGUCUGUUUCUGGAUGAAGCUCUUGAAGCAGAUGUGACACUGGAAGGGUCUGAUGCUGUUGUGGAUCAACAUGUGUCUCUUCAGGUUGGCUGACAAGGUGAACUCACGGGAACACACCUCACACUUAUGACCCUUCAUUCCCUGACCAAUAAGAACACAGGAGGACAGUUAGAUGAGGACCUGACCAAUAAGAACACAGCAUAACAGUUAGAUGAGGACCUGACCAAUAAGAACACAGCAUAACAGUUAGAUGAGAACCUGACCAAUAAGAACACAGGAGGACAGUUAAAUGGAAGACCUGACCAAUAAGAACACAGGAGGACAGUUAGAUGUGGACCUGACCAAUAAGAACACAGCAUAACAGUUAGAUGAGGACCUGACCAAUAAGAACACAGGAGGACAGUUAAAUGGGGGACCUGACCAAUAAGAACACAGGAGGACAGUUAAAUGGAGGACCUGACCAAUAAGAACACAGGAGGACAGUUAGUGCCUUCGGAAAGUAUUCAGACCCCUUGACUUUUUCCACACGUUACAGCCUUAUUCUCAAAUUGAUAUUUAUUUAUUUUUACCCUUAGCAAUCUAAACACAAUACCCCAUAAUGACAAAGUGAAAACAGGUUUUUAGAAAUGUUUGCAAAUGUAUUAAAAAAUAAGUAUCCUUUGCUAUGAGACUCGAAAUUGAGCUCAGGUGCAUCCUGUUCCAUUUAUCAUCCUUGAGAUGUUUCUACAACUUGACUGGAGUCCACCUGUGGUAAAUUCAAUUGAUUGGACAUGAUUUGGAAAGGCACACACAAUUCGAAGGAAUUGUCCGUAGAGCUCCGAGACAGGAUUGUGUCGAGGCACAGAUCUGGGGAAGGGUACCCAAACAUUUCUGCAGCAUUGAAGGUCCGGAAGAACACAGUGGCCUCCAUCAUUCUUAAGUGGAAGACGUUUGGAACCACCAAGAUUCUUCCUAGAGCUGGCCGCCCGGCCAAACUGAGCAAUCGGGGGAGAAGGGCCUUGGUCAGGGAGGUGACCAAGAACCCGAUGGUCACUCUGACAGAGCUCCAGAGUUCCUCUGUGGCGAUGGGUGAACCUUCCAGAAGGACAACCAUCUCUGCAGCACUGCAUCAAUCAGGCCUUUAUGGUAGAGUGGCCAGACAGAAGCCACUCCUCAGUAAAAGGCACAUUACAGACCGCUUGGAGUUUGCCACAAGGCACCUAAAGACUCUCAGACCAUGAGAAACAAGAUUCUCUGGUCUGAUGAAACCAAGAUUGAACUCUUUGGCCUGAAUGCCAAUCGUCACGUCUGGAGGAAACCUGGCACCAUCCCUACGGUGAAGCAUGGUGGUGGCAGCAUCAUGCUGUGGGGAUGUCUUUCAGCGGCAGGGACCGGGAGACUAGUCAGGAUCAAGACAAAGAUGAACGGAGCAAAUUACAGAGAGAUCCUUGAUGAAAACCUGCUCCAGAGCGCUCAGGACCUCAGACUGGGGCGAAGGUUCACCUUCCAACAGGACAACGACCCUAAGCACACAGCCAAGACAAUGCAGGAGUGGCUUCAGGACAAGUCUCUGAAUGUCCUUGAGUGGCCCAGCCAGAGUCCAGACUUCAACCCGAUUGAACAUCUCUAGAGAGACCUGAAAAUAGCUGUGCAGUGACGCUCCCCAUCCAACCUGACAGAGCUUGAGAGGAUCUGCAGAGAAGAAUGUGAGAAACUCCCCAAAUACAGGUGUGCCAAGCUUGUAGCGUCAUACCCAAGAAGACUCGAUGUUGUAAUCGCUGCCAAAGGUGCUUCAACAAAGUACUGAGUAAAGGGUCUGAAUACUUAUGUAAAUGUGAUAUUUCCAGAGUUUUUUAAUUUACAAAUUAGCAAAAAUGUCUAAAAACCUGUUUUUGCUUUGUCCUUAUGGAGAAUUGUGUGUAGAUUGAGGAGGAAAACAAUGUAUUGAAUCAAUUUUAGAAUAAGGCUGUAAUAUAACAAAAUGUGGAAAAAGUCAAGGGGUCUGAAUACUUCCUGAAGGCACUGUAGAUGAGGACCAUUGCAGCAAAAUGAACAUGAAGUCAGUCAAAAUUCUGUAAAGAAGCGAGGGUGUGCUGGCAGAGGGUUAUGGUUAAGGGUCAGGGGUCAGAGUUAGGUACCUUGUGUGUGAGGGUGUGCUGGCAGAGGGUUAUGGUUAAGGGUCAGGGGUCAGAGUUAGGUACCUUGUGUGUGAGGGUGUGCUGGCAGAGGGUUAUGGUUAAGGGUCAGGGGUCAGAGUUAGGUACCUUGUGUGUGAGGGUGUGCUGGCAGAGGGUUAUGGUUAAGGGUCAGGGGUCAGAGUUAGGUACCUUGUGUGUGAGGGUGUGCUGGCGGAGGGUUAUGGUUAAGGGUCAGGGGUCAGAGUUAGGUACCUUGUGUGUGAGGGUGUGCUGGCGGAGGUGGUGUAGCUGGACAAACUCCAGUCCGCAGUGGGAGCAGGAGUACGGCCGAGGACUCUGGUGUUUCAGUAGAUGGUUCUGCAGCUGGCUGCGGUAGGUGAAGGACUUGUUGCACUCUGUACACUGGUAGGUAGUGGCUCCCUGGUGGCUGGUCUGGUGGCGCUUCAGAUGGGCGUAGGUGGGGAACUCCAUGCCACACUGGGAACACACGUGGCAGCGCCCGCGCUCGUGUUUGGUCUCGUGGGCGCGGAGCUCGCUGGGGUAGGCGAAGCCACGGCGACAGAAGCGGCAGCUGUAAGGUUUGAUGUCGGUGUGCUGCAGCAUGUGUCUCUUCAGGUGGGAGGUCUGGGUGAAACCCUUCUUACACACGCUGCAUUUAUGAGGCCUUGUUCCCUGGUGGGUGAGCAGGUGGGUCUGCAGGUGGCUGGGCUGUUUAAACAGCUUCCCACAGUGGGGGCAGGCGUGGGGCUUGAUACCCUGGUGACCCAGGAUGUGAGUUACCAGGUUGUACUUGGAGGUGUAAGACUUGUCACACAUACGACACUUCCAUCUCUUCAGCCCCUCCCCCACGUCCACGCAGUACGACUCAUCUAUCUGGAUGUUGAUGUCUAGACGGUCAACCCUCCGGCCAUGGUGACGAUGGGUCCCUCCUCUUCCUCCUCCUCCCCCCACCCCCUGCUCCAGCUGGUCGCCCCACAUCAUACCCUGGCUGUUCUCAUGGUAGAUCUCCCCCCCCUCAUACCCCCCCACCUCGCUGGACUGGAAGUAGCUGCUGAUAGUCUCCUCCUGUCCUCCUUUCAUCAUGCUGUUUCUCUGCUCCACCUCUCCCUCCUCCUCCUCCUCCCCCCUCCCUCUCGCCUGAUGCCCCAGCCCCCUCUGCCCCUGCAGGCCUCGAUGCCCCGGCUCCCCUUUAUGGCUGUGGCCGGCCUGGGAGUGUGCGUUAGCCUGCUGGCUGGACAUGUCUCUGUCACACUCGGCACAGCCUUUUUGGGCAGCGGCACGGAGAGAGGCGGGGUCAACCUGGACCAAUCCCCCUCUAGUAGUAGC